GCAGCGGAGCCGGCCCCUCUGACAAACCGCUCUGCGUCAUCGACCUGGGGAGACUCUCGUGAGCCUUCACUGUGUUGAACUCAGCUACACAGCUCCACUCAACUCACCUCACGGUCACCACAGCAGCUCAGCUACUACCUGGUCUCCACAUCCAUUAUCCUUGGAGCGCACGGUCCAUCACUCCUUUUCUUUUUUUUUUCUUUUUGUGGUUUCCGACGUGUACUCGCGCUUUUUGCGAAAUUCUUUGCAGACUAUGCCUUUAAUUUAACUGUGUAUGAAGUGAACCAACUCUUGCAAUACUCUCGUCGGCGACGGUGCUGCUCAUCACAGGCUUUUCCAAGCGAAGAAAGUUGCGCAGCGCUUGUUGAAUGCAGGAUACAUUUUGCCUGAGCGGCGAGUCCAAGUUGAGCUUUGCAGCCACGGCCGGUAAGGAGCGGGGACUCCAGCUUCUCACCUCUGUCACCGUCAACAUGAAGUCUGCAGAAGAAGAUGCAUACAGCUACACACCAAAUGUCAGCCUGUCCCUUCCACUGGGCAUGGGAAACCCAUGUUUGGCCACCCAGUACCACACUUUACAGUCCAGUCCAAUCAUCUCAGUUUCUUCUUGCCACCAAACAGGCUACAGCUUCCAAAAUGAUAACCAUGUGGCAUCAGGCUAUUAUCUGCCCCAUGGCCUGAGACCCAAUGGGGCUCCAGCGUUGGAAAGCCCCCGUAUUGAGAUUACUGCCUACAGCCAGUACCCUGAAGAUGAGGUGGAAGAGAGCAGCAGUGAAGACCACAUUAUCAAACGAGGCGUGAACUCCAUCGUCACGUUGACACUGCCCAAUGCAGAUGGAUACCGAGAUCCCAGCUGUCUCAGCCCUGCAAGUAGCAUCUCCUCACGCAGCUGCAACUCUGAGGCAUCCUCCUAUGAGUCUGGCUUCUACAACUAUGACAACUCCCCACAGAACUCGCCCUGGCAGUCACCCUGUGUUUCUCCCAGAGGCUCAUCCACGCUGCUGUCCUGCCCACAUGCCAGCGGCCCUGCAGGCUCCCCCCACAACUCGCCCUCCACCUCUCCUCAGAUAGGCGCCAUGGCAGAGGAAGGCUGGCCUACUCAACCUCGUGGCUCCAGGCCUAACUCUCCUUCCUACAGUGGAGGUGGUGGUGUAAACAGUGGAGGGGGAGGAAUGGGGAAGAGAAAGUACAGCCUCAAUGGCGCCCCCUACCGUCAGACAUCCUGCUCACCCAACCAGUCACCCAACCUUUCUCCACAUGGCUCCCCCAGGGUCAGCAUCACUGAUGAGAACUGGCUCGUCAACACCAACCAGUACACCAACUCUGCCAUUGUGGCUGCCAUUAAUGCUCUAACCACAGAUGGGGUGAUAGAUAUGGGGGAGGGUAUCCCAAUCAAGACACGGAAGACAAUGCUAGACCACUCUUCCACGAUGAGCCUGAAAGUGGAGCCAAGUGGGGAGGAUUUGGGUCCUGACGGGGAGCUCUGCCAUGAGGACUACCCCUCUCGACUGGCCCUCAAGAAGGAGAACUACUGUGGAGGAUUCCUGGAUGUGCCACAGCAUCCGUACACCUGGUCUAAACCCAAGACUUACCUCAGCCCAUCUCUGCCAUCUCUGGACUGGCAGCUUCCAUCUUGCUCCGGCCCAUACAACCUACAGAUCGAGGUGCAGCCCAAGUCCCACCACCGGGCCCACUAUGAGACCGAAGGCAGCCGAGGGGCUGUGAAAGCGCUCUCUGGAGGACACCCUGUGGUACAGCUUUACGGCUACAUGGAGAGUGAGCCGCUCACCCUGCAGCUGUUCAUAGGGACCGCAGACGACCGCCUCCUGCGACCACAUGCCUUCUACCAGGUCCACCGCAUCACCGGCAAAACCGUCUCCACCGCCAGCCAUGAAGUCAUGCAAUCCAACACUAAAAUCCUGGAAAUCCCUCUGCUACCCGAAAACAACAUGAGAGCCAUAAUUGAUUGUGCAGGGAUCCUGAAGCUCCGCAAUUCAGACAUCGAGCUUCGCAAAGGGGAAACGGACAUCGGACGUAAAAACACACGAGUGAGGCUGGUGUUCCGAGUGCACAUUAACCAGCCCAACGGCAGGACGCUGUCCCUGCAGGCUUCCUCCAACCCCAUUGAAUGCUCCCAGCGCUCCGCACAGGAGCUUCCCUUGGUGGAGAAGCAGAGUGUGGAAAGCUACCCUGCCACAGGAGGCAAAAGGAUGCUCCUGAGUGGUCUCAACUUCCUUCCCGACUCAAAGGUGGUGUUCGUGGAGAAGGCCCAAGAUGGGCAUCAUCUGUGGGAGACAGAAGCCAAAGUUGACAAAGACUCCAUCAAAUCUAGUACUCUUGUUGUGGAGAUCCCACCAUACAGAAACCAGAGAAUAUCCGGCCCGGUGCAUGUUAACUUCUACGUCUGCAAUGGCAAGAGGAAGAGGAGCCAGUGCCAACGCUUUACCUACCUGCCUCCUAAUGUGCCGAUAAUAAAGACAGAACCCAGUGAUGAAUAUGAUUCUCUGGGGACUGCAGGGCUGCCCAUGCAUUCAAAGCCCUACUUCAACCAGCCCAGGCUCACUCCCAUCAUGCCUGUUGCUGACCCUGACGCCUGUCUGGUUAGUGCCUACCCUGCGUGCCCGCCUUGCCAUGCAACCAUUCCAUCUUCAUCUCCCAGUUCCAGCCCCACCCUGCAUGACCUAUCCCCUGUGGCAUACAGCAAGUGCCUCUCCAGCAGCCCCACUCACGCAGCUCCACCAGGUCCUGUGGUGCCCCCCAUGCAGGAAACCGCAGGCCGACCUAACCUCACCCACCCAGCCUCACCAGACCACAACUCUUGCCUUGGGAUGCUCCAUUCCCAGGGAAGCCCAAACCACCUCAACAGUCCAGGUCCCAAUGGUUACCACCCCAUCUAUGCCAACAGCAGUCCCUCAUCCUCCCCGGUGUCUCACCCUUCCACUCCUGGUGGGACUUCAGAGAGCCCAUUUGUACAGAGCUACAGCCCCACUCAGGCAGCAGCCGGUUCAGCCCAGGCAGGAGGGAGUCCACCCAGCCUGCUAACUGAGGAUGCCAACCCCCCUUCAAUGGCCGUCACCAUCAAACAGGAGCCACAGGAACUGGACCAGAUGUACUUAGAUGAUGUUAACGAGAUAAUCAGAAAUGACCUCUCCAGCAUUUCUGUGCACACUCACGCAUAGACGUCCAGAUGUUCUCCGCAGCAGCAACUCGUUCAAUCAAGCAUCAACAAGACAAAAAUAAAAAAAAAAUGGGAGGACAAAAAGAAGAGAUCCAGAUAAUGAAGAACACAUAUUUUGCUCAGGAUCUCUGACUGGGCCAUCAAGCUCCUCCUCGCUCAAAAGACUUGCUGCUUAGUCACAUUGACAAUCACUGGCAAGCCACAUUUGAAAAAAAACUAAACAAAUGAAUGUUAUAUUUACGAAAAAAGGGAAGUGGUAUCAUCAGGUGGCAAAGUAUACAACGACACUUGCCUUAAUAAUUCACAGCAGAUGUUCUAUAGUGGACCAAACAACUCACUGAGACUUAUUAACUCUUCGAUCGUUGAUCAACGACAAUCUUCAUUUUGAACCUGAUCUGUAAGUUAAUGCAUGGACAAACCAAUGGGACAAUAAGUGUCAUGCUUCAUCACUUUUGUUCAUUUGUUUGUGCAGUCAGUCCGCAACAGCCGCAUCGGUGCCUUACAACAGUGAUGUUGACAGCAAAUGACAGCAGCAGUCACAAAAAAUGCAAAACGGUCGGAACCCCCAAAGUGAAAGUUUUUAUAUGACAUUUUUCUAUCAUUUCAAUGAUUUGUUUACAGGGAAACAGGCUAAAAAUAAAAGAUAGACAAUAUGUAGGGAGUAUGUGAAUUGUAGAAGUGUAUUUUUUUUUUCUCUUGCUUCUUUAUUAUUCCAUUGUUCAUUUAUACUGAAUGUUAUUGUAUAUUCUUUUGUAUAAACAUGUAUUUGAACAUAUGUAUGCCUUAUGCAUUUUGCUAUUUAGCUUUCUUUGUUUCUUUUUCCUUCAGUUGUGUCCCCCUGAUUUGAUUUGUACCAUUUCUACUAUCUUGCAUUAUUCUUUUCACCUUAGUGCCUAUUUUUAAUCAUCCUGUCCAGGUCUUCCAGACGGUCCUCCACCUAAAUCAUGACAUAAUGACGCACAGACAAUCAGAGACAUAUCUAAUACAUAUCCUAUGACAAAAGUUCCUGGUUGCAGGGGCUUAUAAAAAGGCAGGUAACAGAUUCCCCCGACCCACGACUUAGAAAACAGCUCAACAAUGGUAAGCUUACCUGCUAAAUUUGAAUUAUAAUACUGCAGGACAAUAAAUAUUUGCCUUUUACAUCUUGCACGGCAGGUUUCCAUGUAAACAGGCAAAUGAGUAAUGGAAGUGCAACAUAGGCUCACUGUUACUUGUCAUCUGGGUGAUUCCACUGAGGAGUUGGCAGAACUGUUACUUACAGCUGGCAAUAAUUGAUCGGAUUAAACCAAAGGAUUUUGUCUUUGGUGAAAUUAUUGUCCUAAGUUUCCUUUUUCUGUCAGAGACUUUAGCAUAGAACAGCUCCCCCAUAACAUUAUGCACUUUACUAUAGAAACAGCAGGUUCUUCUGCUUCCAGACCAAAUAUUGUAGAUUGAUUUCCACAGUCAUGUCAGAAAAUUACCAUCUCUUCUCUCACCAUGCUGCCAUCUUUUCCACAGUAUCAGUCUCCUGGAGCAUGCACACCAAACUAAUGGUGGAGAUCAUUUAGCUGUCACUAGCUUCCCAUAUAGCUUCCUAAUCCAUUUUAGGACAUAUAGUAUAAUAGCAUGAUAAAAAAAAAAAAACUGUAUGAUUAAGUUUUCUUAUUUUUGUGCCUUACUCUCUUUCUCGGCUACAAGAUUAUUGUAACUCUAUAAUGCUUUUCUGUGUAGGCACAAGGUGGAACAUGUUUCUCUUUAAUAUGAGAUAUUUAUGAAAAAUUAAAUUUGUUUUAAGUGCAUUUAAUGUGUUCUCAACAAUUAAAUAAUAAAUGAUAUUAUGGUGACAUA